AACUUACUCUGCCAACAUCCAAACGCCAACAUGUUUGAGAAUUUAUGCGCGCUUCCAGUCGAUCACGACAUCUUCGUGCAGGCGAUACACCCAGAAGAGCCAAUUGUAGCUGUUGGACUCGCAAGUGGCGAAGUACACACUUACAGGCUGCCUCCUGGUGUGAGCGACGAUGAUGGCGACGAUUCAACUCUCGCGUCGGUAAAGGGCUUUGGGACUAUAGACCAAGUCUGGCGCACCAGGAGACACAAGGGCAGCUGCCGAACACUUGGUUACAGCUUAGAUGGCGCGUCAUUGUACUCUGCUGGCACGGAUGGCAUCGUCAAAGUCGCAGACUGCAUGACGGGCCAGGUCACCGCCAAAAUCGCCAUACCCCUAGACCCCUCAAAUGGUGGCAUCGAUGCGCCCACACUCGUUCACGCCCUCUCUCCGCAAUCGCUCAUUCUCACCACCGAUUCCGGCGCGCUGCACAUUUACGAUAUCAGGAACCUCAAAGGCGGCGAAAAGGUGUCGCUGAAACCCGAGAAUACGCACCGUCCACACGACGACUACGUCUCUUCCCUUACACCUCUACCACCGACGAAAAACAGUACUAGUGGCUUCAGCAAGCAAUGGGUUACAACAGGCGGCAGUACACUGGCUGUAACAGAUAUCCGGCGAGGAGUCAUGGUCCGUAGCGAGGAUCAAGAGGAGGAGCUUCUCUGCUCAGUCAUUGUCACUGGUCUGCCGAAGAAGGGCUCGAGCGUGGGUGAAAAGGUCAUUGUCGGUGCAGGCAACGGUGUCCUUACCCUCUGGGAGCGUGGAGUAUGGGAUGAUCAAGACGAGCGCAUCAUUGUCGACCGUUCCAAGGGCGGCGGCGAGAGUCUAGACUCGAUGACUGUGGUGCCUGAUGGAGUUGGAGCGAGUGGGAAGCAUGUCGCAGUUGGGUUGGGCAACGGUGGGAUUCGCUUUGCCAAGAUUGGAUCCAACAAGAUCGUCGCAGAACUCAAGCACGAUGAGUUAUCUCAAGAGAGUGUCAUUGGACUAGGUUUCGACGUCACCGGUAGGAUGAUCAGUAGCGGCGGAAAGACUGUCAAAGUGUGGGGUGAGCAAACCUGGCAAGACGUUGAUGAAGAGGAGGCAGAGGACACGACCAACGGCAAGCGGGAGCAUGAGAGUGAUGAUAGCGACGACAGCGAUGAGGACAUGGAUGAUAGCAGUGAAGAGGACGAGCCCAAGCAGAAGCGCAAGAAGCGUAAGAGGAACAAGGGCAAGCAGGCAAAGGGGCACGGCAUCUUGCAAUUCUCAGGACUAGACUAG